AUGCGGCUGCUCAAGACGACCAAGAUGACCGAGGAGGAGCUGCGCCUCCGCAACGAGAAGCGACGCGCCCGGGCACUGACCCGCUGGGAGCGCCUCCGGGCCAUGCAGGACGACGACGCCAAGGGCAAGGAGAAGGACAACGGCAGCGGGAGCAGCAGCGAGAGCAGUGAGGAGAGCGAGGAGCGCCAGCAGCACUCACGGCGGAGCAAGUUCGCCCAUCGGAAGCUGCAGAAGAAGAAGGACAGGCGCAGCCACCGCCGGAGCGACCACCACAGCGGGAGCAGCACGCAGAGGCCAACGGCAAGGUCGGCGAUGACUCCGUUCGGCUACGUGGCCACGUCCGGGGCCAAGCGGCUGCAGCAGCUGGAGCAGGCCAACGCGAUGACGCGCUUCUUCGACGCCCUGGGCGGACGCGAGUCAUAA